GACGAGGCUGUCAUGCAGCCACACAGCUCGUCGCGUCGUCCAAAGCGCGUCACCCCGGUUUUAUCUUGAAAGGUGCGACGGGGGACAAUCCAGGUACUCAAUAAAUAUAUCGAAAAGCCACCCAGGAAAUACUCUACCACAACAACCAAACAUGGCCAACGAAUCCCAAAACGAGACUGAUGUAGACAUGGAAAAUGAGGCGCCCUCGCAAUCGACUAUCUUCACACCUCCCUCAGUCAUCCACUCCACACUUUUCUCCGGCGAAUCAUACACGCAUUUCUCCCCAGUCCCGCCAUCCCUCCUUCCAAUCGCACCGUCACCACCUGCUCCCUCAUCCUCGUCUCCUCCUCCAAAAGAACCAUCAGCAGCACCCGCCGCCCCAUCCUCAACUCCGCUACCCAAACCACCCGCCGGUCCACCAUGCGCUCUCGGCGUUGACGAAGCAGGGCGGGGUCCCGUCCUCGGCCCCAUGGUCUACGGCGCAUUCUACCUCCCCAUCCCCCUCUCCACGCCUCUCCUCUCCAAAACCCACCACUUCGACGACUCCAAAGUCCUCACCGCCGGCUUCCGCGCCCAGUUAAUGGAGACGCUCUGCACGCCAACCGUGCCGCCCGCCCCCGCCACAUCCCCCGACCCAAGCAGCCUCUACGAUAACUGCGGAUGGGCCGUCUCGGUCCUCUCCGCACGAGCGAUCUCCGCCAAUAUGAUGAGGCCCGCGACGUACAACUUGAACGAGCAGGCCAUGGACGCAACUAUCCACCUCAUCAAGACGGUAUACGAGAUGGGCGUUAAUGUGAGGGAAAUCUACAUCGAUACCAUUGGCCAACCUGGCCCGUACCAGAAGAAGCUCGAACGCAUAUUCCCUACCGCCUCUAUCACCGUGGCGAAGAAGGCGGAUAGUUUGUAUCCCUGUGUCAGCGCGGCCAGUGUCUGCGCGAAGGUCACGAGAGAUAGGGCGCUAGAGGUGCUCUAUGAGGCGUAUGGCGGCUCCAACGAGGAUGCGGCAGGCAAAGAAGACGUUACAAUGGGUGACUCCGAGGACGCACCAGCGCCCGAAGCAGACUGGGGAUCCGGCUAUCCAUCAGAUGCACGUUGCUCGACCUGGCUGAAGCGCAAUAUCGAUCCGGUUUUUGGCUGGGGUCCUGAAUGCCGCUUUUCCUGGUCGACGACUAAGGAUUUGUUGGAGGAUAACAAGGCUAUGGCGGUUACUGUGGAUUGGCCUGCGGAGGAGGAUGAGGAGACGCAUCGGGUUACUGAUUAUUUCAGUGCUGAUAGUGGGAAGGAGCAGAAGGCGGAUGAUGAACUUGGCAAUUGGUUCGGUAGGAAGGCUGGUGUGGAAGCAUUCUGAGAAGGAGGUUUGAGAUGUGUAUGGGUAAAUGACUUUCCUACUGGCGUUGGACUAAGGGAUUGGAUGGCGGCGUUUUGGUUGAAUACAUAUAUACGGAAUUUACAGUAGGAUAUGCCUGGUUCCUGGACGGUCACGGUUACUCACGGGAUCCAAGGUUGAUCAGAAGUAGGAAUAAUAACUGUAUAGACAGACAUAAAUAUCAGUAACCCAG